AUGAAUGCCAAAUUGAAGUCUGGUCAACGUGAAAAAGUAGGUUGGUGCUUAACAAUGUUAUUCUUGACUUUAGUUGCGCACUUUUAUUCAAAUUGCAAACUGUGAUGAACCCGUUGCUCUGAAAUGCUUGAACAAUUCUGACUGGAACGUAGAAAGAGGCCUCGACAUAUUUUACCAAACUCCAUCUUUGCAGGAGAGUUCGUCGGGUAGCGAUGUUCGAAAAUUAGAUGCCAUGUUUUAUCAAUAUGCCAAUGGUAAGGUUUCCUGGUAUAAUGUAUAACCUGAUACUUUUCAUUACUAAAAUCUCACUUUUAAUUUUGAAUACUAAUCAUUCUUGGUUCAGAUAAGGAAGACUUAAAACAAGCGGGUGUAGAAAACAAAAUCGGGCCUAAUGGCAUGCUCAGGCUGCUCAAUGACCUUAAUAUUGAUCCCUCAGCGUUGGAAGCCUUAGUGUUAGCAUGGAAGAUGAAUGCUGAAACACAAUGUGAAUUUUCUUUAGAAGAAUUUAAGAAAGGAUGCCAGCAGAUGAGGUAUGUUUAGGUUUAUUUGCAUAUGUCUUCCGUUUCUUAUUUUUUGUUCAUAUCUUUUUCUGUUUCAGAGUUGAUUCAUUAGAAAAACUACGAAAUCAAGCUGCUACAUGGAGAAACGAGCUCAAAGAUACACAAAAGUUCAAACAGCUCUACCAGUUUGCCUUCAACUAUGCCAAGAGCGCCGCCACCAGAUUCCUGGAGAUUGACACGGCGAUCGCUUAUUGGAAUCUGAUCUUCGAAAACCGAGAUGCUCGAGUCCCUGUCUGGAUUCAGUUUCUACAGGAGAAAGAGACCAAAGGCGUUUCUAGAGACACAUGGAAUCUCUUCUUUGACUUCCUGAUCCAGACCAUGGACAAUUACGAGAACUACGACGCGGAAGGAGCAUGGCCAGUAAUGAUUGACGAGUUCGUAGAAUAUGCUAAAUCAAAGAAGAAUUAA